AUGACCGAGCCUGCUGGGAUUCAGUCCCCGCUGAGCUGCAGUCCCUGCUGGACUGCUGCAAUGGAACUCAGCAUUGACUACCUCCGGGAGAAGCUGCAGCAGGACCUGGAGGUGGAGAACAACGCAUGCCUAGCGGAAGAGGUCCUGUGCAUCCAUGCCUUCAAGCAGAAAAGCCCAACCCCGGAGCACUGGGCCUGUGAGCGGCAGAAAUGA